AUGCUGAGAUUUGAUAAUGGAAUACUACAGAAUGAUUCCAAUAUAGAUAAUGUGAAGGUGGAUUCAGGCUACGAUACAGAAAAGAAUGUAACACCUUCUUCAGCAGAUAGUGAGAUAGAUAACUUGGAAAAAAAAAAUACAGAGGCACAGAUAGAGACUCCAGGAACGGAGAAUAUUACUUUGGAUACUCCUAAGAAGCGUAGAACGAGACUUCCAGGGAUAUUAAGAGAAAACGGUAAACGUGAGUUACAAGAACACGAAUGUUACGACAAACUUGGCUAUAGUUAUCCAUGGUAUAAAAAAUGGACUAUUUUAUCUAUUAUUUUCGCUGUCCAAAUGUCUAUGAAUUUCAACACGAGUGUGUUCCCUAACGCAGUUUCUUUGAUUUCAGAAGAUUUUGGUGUGAGUGAACAAGCAGCUAGGGUAGGUGGGAUGAUUUUCUUGGUUGCAUAUGCCUUUGGAUGCGAAUUAUGGGCACCAUGGAGUGAAGAAUUUGGUCGUUGGCCUAUAAUGCAACUAAGUUUAUUUUUGGUUAAUAUUUGGCAAUUACCUUGUGCGCUAGCGCCUAAUUUUGGUACAAUUAUUGUCGGAAGGUUUUUAGGUGGAUUUUCUUCCGCUGGUGGAUCGGUUACUUUAGGAAUGACGGCCGAUAUGUGGGAAGCUAAUGAUCAAGGAUUUGCUGUUGCAUUUGUUGUGUUGUCAUCGGUUGGAGGCUCUAGUAUAGGGCCAGUUUUCGGUGGAUUAAUGGAAGAUCAUCUUUCAUGGCGUUGGAAUUUUUGGAUUCAAUUAAUAUUUGGUGGUGUUACGCAGAUAUGCCACUUCUUUUUAGUUUCUGAAACAAGGGCUUCUAUUUUGGUUGAUAGAGAAGCAAAACGUCGUCGUAAAUCAGGAGAAGACGAAGGCAUUUAUGGGCCAAACGAACUUAAGGAGAACCGGUUGACUAUGAAGGAACUUUUGACUAUUUGGCGCCGUCCUUUUGAAAUGUUUCUCCUAGAGCCUAUUGUAUUAUGUCUUUCAAUUUUAUCUGGAUUUUCAGACGCUUUGAUUUUUGUUUUCUUGCAAUCUUUCACACUUGUUUUUGAACAAUGGAAUUUUACAGCCACCGGUACUGGUGUAGCCUUCUUAUCUAUCAUUAUUGGUUACAUUUUAGCUUACUGUAUACAUCUUCCAGAUCUUCACAGACAAAGAUGGGUCCUUACGGUUGAUGGAGAGGGUGCUCGCUUAGCUGAGAGACGACUUCUACUUCUUCUUUUCCUUGCUCCUUUAGAAGCUAUUGGUUUAUUUGGAUUUGCUUGGACUUCUAUGGGACCUGAAUAUAAUCCUUGGAUAGCUCCGUUAAUAUUUGCUUGUCUUAUCGCAAUUGCGAAUUUCUCGAUUUAUAUGUCAACGAUUGAUUAUAUGGUGGCAUCCUAUGGACCUUAUUCUGCUUCCGCAACGGGUGGUAAUGGAUUUGCUCGUGAUUUUCUUGCGGGUAUUUCAACGAUGUAUGCUGUUCCGAUGUAUACAAACAUUGGAGGAAAGCUUCAUUUGCAAUGGGCAAGUACUAUUCUUGGUUGUCUAGCAAUUAUAGUUGCCAUACCAAUUUAUUUGUUCUAUUGGAAAGGACCUGCUAUACGGGCGAAAAGUAAGUUUGCACAAACCUUGGCUGCUGACCGUCAAAGAAACAAAGAGUCAAGACAUAAUAGCUAUUCGAGCGUUGAAACAGAUGCUUAA